GAACUACAUGGUGCUCAAUUUUUCAAGAUGUCGUCGCUGGAACAGAGGCUGUCGCGAAUCGAGGAGAAACUAAAGCAGGAAAAUGAAGAAGCUCGCCGGAGAAUCGACCUCAGCAUCGACAUGAGUCCGCAGCGAUCACGCCCGAGGCCGACGCUCCAGCUGCCACUGGCCAACGAUGGAGGCAGCCGUUCAUCGUCUUCAGAGAGCUCACCUCAGCACCACCCCUACCCCAGCCGCCCGCGACACAUGCUCACCCUGCCCACACCUCCAUACGGCCUUCAGAAGAGUCUAGAGAAUGCAGAGAUCGACCAGAAAUUGCAAGAGAUCAUGAAACAGACGGGUUAUCUGAAGAUCGACGGUCAGCGGUAUCCAGCGGAGGUGACAGACCUAAUCAGUGAGGGGGAGAUAGGCAGCGGGACCUGUGGACAGGUCUUCAAAGUACGAUUCAAGAAGACGGGCCAUGUCAUCGCUGUCAAACAAAUGCGCCGUACAGGAAACAAGGAUGAGAACAAGAGGAUUCUGAUGGACCUGGAUGUGGUGCUGAAAAGUCACGACUGCCCUUACAUCAUCCAGUGCUACGGCGCUAUUGUUACCAACACGGAUGUAUUCAUUGCCAUGGAGCUGAUGGGAACGUGUGCGGAGAAGCUGAAGAAGAGAAUCCAGGGCCCCAUCCCAGAGCGAAUCCUAGGAAAGAUGACAGUAGCAAUAGUGAAAGCGUUGCUCUACCUAAAAGAAAAACAUGGUGUCAUCCACCGGGACGUCAAACCCUCCAACAUCCUCCUGGACGCUAAAGGUCAGAUUAAACUGUGUGAUUUCGGCAUCAGUGGACGCCUCGUCGACUCCAAGGCCAAGACCCGCAGUGCCGGCUGUGCUGCCUACAUGGCGCCUGAGAGAAUAGACCCUCCAGACCCAACCAAACCCGACUAUGACAUCCGAGCAGACGUGUGGAGCCUCGGCAUCUCUCUGGUGGAGCUGGCCACGGGACAGUUUCCGUACAAGAACUGCAAGACAGACUUUGAGGUUCUGACCAAAGUGCUGCAGGAAGAUCCUCCUCUGCUGCCUCUCAGCAUGGGCUUUUCCCUCGACUUCCAGUCCUUCGUCAAAGACUGCCUCACAAAGGAUCACAGAAAAAGGCCAAAAUACCACCAGCUGCUGGAGCAUAGUUUCAUCCGGCGUUACGAGGUGCUGGAGGUGGACGUGGCCGGUUGGUUUCAGACGGUGAUGGAUCGCACAGAGUCGCCUCGCAGCAGCCAGUGUUACAGCCAUCAGCACCAGCUCCACUCGCUCUUCAGUAGGUAGCCUAUCCUAGCCAAGCCCGGCGUUAGCUUAGCCAUACGCUAGUCUAGCCUAGCUUUAGCUUUGCCAAGCCCAGACUCAGUCUGUCCUAGUCUAGCCCAGCGUCAGCAGCUAAGCCUAGCGUUAGACCCAGCCCACCUGUCCAUCUGUCCACCGGAGAACCUGAAGAGGAGAGGGAAGAGAAGGAGUCUUGAUGGAGGACUCUGGAUGGACAGAUGGAGUGAUGGACAGAGAGGUGGACUGAUGGAUGGAUAAACGACACAGGUGGUUCUCUUUAUGAUUGCGUCAAAUCUGGACAGGCAGACAUGGGGAGGAGGGGGCAGAAAAGGGUUCACACUGUAGUUAGCUUCUUUCGUUCACACACUGCUACAUCUCGUUACACUAUCAUAUCCAGUCACAUCGCAGUGUGUGUAACAGCCACAUACACUUCAGUACAAACUGUGUGCAUCUUGUAUGUGUUUCUACAUUUCCUCCACUUUUCAUUAGUUUUUCACCUACAUGUCUGUCUCCAGCAUUGAUCCAAGUAAUUGGAUUAGUCAACAGAGUAGUCACUACACACUGGAACAAAGCAUCUGCUACAUUAGCAAUCAUGAACCGCUCUUGUACAUAAACGUUAUGGAGGACACAGCAAUGUCUGGUGCAAUUAUGAUUCUUCAGGUGUGUCUACUAUCACACAUCUCAGGCUGUAUCUAUGUGUGUAUGUGUUUGUGUUUGUGAGUGAUCGUUUCUGUGUGUGCGAGCGUCUCUGUAUAGAUAAAUAUCAAGACACAGUCACUGGUUGUUUUUAUAAGUGAAAUUAUAUUUCCUAGUCAUUUAUUCACCUUCACACUACAUCUCUAACACGCAAACAAGAACAAAUUAAUCUGUUGGCUCUUUUUAAACAUAUAAAAAUAGUAAGUCUUUCUUAUGAAAUAUGUUCAGGAUAUCCAUCAUUGUAUUUAGCUGCUGCAUAAUUGGAAAAACUCAAUGGAAAAGAAUUAUAAAAAAAUUAGCGUUGCAUUUUAAUUUUGUAGAGAAGGAGUUGCUUCUGGUUUUAUUUUUGUGUAUUCAGAAUGAGUUAGAAGAGCGUCAGAAGAUACAGAGGGAUACUAAGAAGAGAAAAGAUGAGUCACAAAAGAGUAGUGUCUGACUCUUUCUAGAAGUUCGGGAGAAAAGAAGCAGAGAAAGUAGAAGGUGGGAGUCGUAUGCUCGUUGGUGACCAUCUUGAAGACUGAAUAACUGUUACUAGUGUGAGAAAUGAGAAAGAGGUUGGAGUUAAAAAAAAAAAUGGGAGCAGAGUGCUUUUCAUUGAGAAGGCUAAGAACAGGAGCUUAUCUUGUACAAAUGAUAUAAAUGGAGUAGAUCUUAUUACCUGUGGAGCAUUUCUUUACUUCACUCUGUCUACCUCUUACUCUGUGCCCACCUCUCCGGCUGCCUCUGCUGUUUAGUGUGAUGUAGUGCUCCACAGUGUUUCCAGACCAAAGGCUGCGCGUAGGUUGUUGCUGGUGGAGGCCAAGAGAUUUAGACCUGCUCCUGUGAAAUUUCCGACAUUAAGAAACCACACAGACAUUUCUUGAUAGAGCAUGUUUUGGUGUUUUUAGAACCUAGAGCAGGGGUUUCAAAUAACCGGCCCAGGGCCCGCCCCACGUUAGGAGUUAGAGGAUUAAUCCUAGAGGAUUGUUAAAAUGAAAUUGUGUGUGUGUUUGUGUGUGUGUGUCACACCUGAACUGGUCACAGUGGUUAAAACUGCGAUGUAUAGAUGUACUUUAUGAGCACAGGUCCACAGAGACUGACUGACCAGAGUCUGACUGCGUCCCCUGUAAGAGGGCCACAGCCAAAGCUUGCUAGAUGUGCAGAGUCAAACCUCCCACACCCCGUCACGCACCAAACCAAAUCACUGCUAGACACAGAGACCUGAGGAGUGGCAUCGAACGAGACAGGAAACUGUAAAGUGUCAAGAGUGUGAGCGAGAGAACCGGAAAUGUUGUCAAGAUGGCAGAAAAGAUGAGUGGAAAUGAAACGACAGGAAAAAGAGAGGAGGGGAUGGAGUGAGGUGAGAUGGAAGACAGGGGAGUAUUAAGAAAGUGGGAUGGGAAGUUAAUGAAAAGUCAGAGACAAACUGGAGUUUGGUGACAGGAAGUUAAGAGUUUGAAAAAGGAGAGAGGAAACAGGGAAGGGAAACAGCAGCCCAAGUUUCACAGGACUGCCGAUCUCUGAGGCUAGUUUGUUGUUGUAAAAAGCUUUCAUGGUGUUACACCAACCUACCAAUUAUGAUUUUAACGAGUGAGUUAGCGUCUUGUGUUUUUGAUGUUGAUGUUCUGUUCAAACUAUGUUAUUUAUUACAUUGCUACUGCUGCUACUUUUUAUUGCUUUAGACGCUGCUGUCACGUCUUUUCCCCAAAGGACAAAUAUUUUAUUCUUUUUCUUUUAAGCCAAAUAAAUGAAAUAAUGCAAAGUCUACACGUUUUACCAAAUACUGAAGAGCAAGUGUGAAGAGGGCAAAAGCAAGUGAGAGGUGGCAAGAUGGAUUAGAAGAGAAAGUGCAGGGAGGUUGUCUUCACAAAAAGUACUAACUCACACAUAAUAUACACACACACUUCACCUCAAAUGUAGCUCUACGUGUAAUGGAAGUAGUUACUCAUUAUAUCCCAUCGUCACACUACAGCUCUGUACAGUGUAGCUAUGAUUAGAGGGGAUGUCUGUCUGUCCAGAUGCCUUUUGUCACAUCCAUCCUUUACUCUGUCCAUCCAUCCCUCUGUCUGUCCACAGGCCGCCUGCAAGCUCGACAACCUUGACAGUUCACACCAAAGGUGUCCACGACUCAACAAAAAUACGAGAGCGUUGUUGUUAUUGUUAUGACUAUUGUUAUUGACAUUAUAAUUGAUUACUCUCAGCUACGAUAUAUAUGAAAUCUCUCUAUAGCUAGUGGGAGAGGGUGUGUGGGGGAGGUGGGCGGCACUGUAGUAUAGCAGUGCCAUGUCUGUGUCAUAUACUGUACAGGGGGAGACUGGUGCACUCAUACACGACAAGGGCCAAGCAAUAAAACCAGCUGGCUCAUCUUUCUGCUCAGUGAAUCAAUCUCACCACCGGCCUGUGUCAGGAAGAAAGUUCAGCUCAGUCUGGCCUUCGUUAGGCUACCCGGCUUCACUGAGCCUCUGAACGUGAUCCAUCCUGGAAAACCGGUGUCACGCAACUGGUUAUCAACUGGCUCUUUUGACUCUGGGUUUACUAACCCAGCCUAAUCCAGAAAGAGGCAGAGUGCUUGAUUACAAGCUAAUCGAAUGUUAUAGAAGCAGCAAAAAGUGCUAUAUCAUAUUAUCACACAACUACAAUAGAAUAAGUAAGGCUAAAAAAUAAGUUGAUAAUAAUUAUAUAGGUCUUUUUAGAGGGUUACUGCAGCAACUUACUAUUGCACGUCCAUAAAUUUGGGGGAGACAGAUAUUUUAAAAAUUCACAAUUCAAGCAUUAGCGGCAGCGAUAUCCUGACUUUCAGCCUCUAGUAAGGGUCACGCUCCAAAAAAUCCUACAUUUCCCAUAAAUAUAACCCUGAUUAUCAUCAGGGCUAUUUUCUCAAAUUUAGAAAAGCUCCCUCCAGCACCACAGAAGACAUAAUACGACAGUUUUCACUGGCAGAGGAGUACUUGUAUUGCCAAGUUAACUGAACUAUAUUUGUAAAAAAAAUGGUGGAAUUGUGAGUGUUAAAGUUACCUACACUGUCAGGCGUAUCUUAGGGACUGUUAAUUUGCAGCUAUAAUGACCAUUUUAUAGGCUGUUAGUGUGGUACAGUACUCUUGUGUUGUCCCGUUUGAAUCCCAAAGUAGACACAGGGUUGUGUAAAAGAAAAAAAAAACUUCUAUCAGUGAAAUAAUUAUCAUGGGAAUCAAAGUAACUCCACUCUUUUGCUUAUUACUUGUUAUUUGACUGUAAACUCACUGCUUAUGGCCAAUGUCAGAGUGAUGACUCCUCAGAAUCAGAGAUUUGAUUGGUCAGUGAGCAGGUUUUGAUCUGAUCCUCUGAGGUUAACCUGCUCUGGUAGCUCUCUAGAUUGCUAUGGUGAUCUACCCGGGUUAAAAGUCAAGAAGUCCAAAGAUAACGCAUGUCGCUUCAUGAUACAGGCCCUUGAGCAGAUGAGACUGAGAGUUGGCACAACUCCGUUAGCUCAGCCUUUGUCAGGUUUCAUUCUCGAGACCAGGAUGUGACCUGGACCUGAUUUAAAGCCACGGUUUACCUUCAGCAAUGAACAGGGUUAUCCUGCUCUUGUAAACUCUCCAAAUAACAGGAUUCAGGGCUAAUCAUGACCUGACUGCUCAGCCUCCCUGCUCAAACUGUUGUAUAUAAACCUGGAUCUGGUGCUUAGCGUCCUUCAGCUGUGCUGCACUGCCAGCACGGCCUGAAGUGUAUCAUUGGUGCAGUUCAAAAAUACUCACUCUAGGAGAUGGUGCGACCCACUCUCACUACAGCGUUCACUGUUCAAACUCUGUGUCUGCGUCUCGGCUAAUUUGUGUCCAGACACAAAGCUGGACCCAGUCUCCCACUGUCGAGGUUCUCUGUCAUUAAGCUGAUGGUGUAUUUUACAAACGCACGUGUGCGCACACUCGCUCCACCGUGCUGUUAGCGUGCAUUUCCAUCCACCUGACUGGGUGACGGUGCCACGCUAUACCUCUGUGAAAUCAAUCAGUCAGGUCAGGCCAGGUGUGUGUGUGUGUGUGUGUGUGUGUGUGUGUGUGUGUGUGUGUG